AUGCCUCGGGAAGUCAUCACGCUGCAAGUGGGCCAGGCAGGGAACCAGAUAGGUCGACGCUUUUGGGAGCAGGCCCUUGAAGAACAUUGCCAACCCGACGAGGACGAUGACCACGGUGAAUUGAAAUUUACGGACAGCAUGUCUUCAUUUUUUCAUCUUCACGACAACGAUGAUUUGAUAUGUGGGACUGCUAGGAAAGUCCGGGAUCGUAUUGUCAAACCUGGCGCUCUAAAAGCGCGGGCCGUAUUAGUAGACAUGGAGGAGGGCCCGGUCACGGAGACCCUUCGAGGACCUUUACGAGGACUUUUUGACAGCCAUCAAUCAUUAACAGACGUCUCAGGGGCGGGAAAUAAUUUUGCACACGGCCAUCACUGUUAUGGACCGCAAUAUGGGGAGAGUGUUUUGGAAGCUGUUCGUCAGGCGGCAGAGCUGUGCGACUCACUGCAAUCCUUUUUCCUGAUGCAUUCUUUGGGAGGAGGAACUGGCUCUGGCCUCGGCACAUACAUACUGACAUUGUUGGAAGACGACUUUCCGCAAGUCCACCGUUUCGUAACGGCUAUUUUUCCUUCGGAGGAUGACGACGUGGUCACCUCGCCCUAUAACAGCGUCUUGGCUCUGCAGCAACUAACGGCGCACGCGGACUGUGUUCUCCCCGUGGAAAAUCAGUCCUUGAUGACCUUGGCCGCCCCCUUUCCAUGGGUGACCAGAUCCGGCAGCACGGUCGCGGGGUUUCACCGGCCGUCGACCAUGGAUCGGCUACUCGCGCCUCCCUGCCCUCCGGUGGGAUUGCCCAAGGAAGGAAAAAUGCGGCCUCUGCCGCGGCCCACACCAACGGCCGCACCGGCUCCAGCUGCAGCCGCUCUGCGGGGGGCAGCCGGUGGAUUGGAGCAGGCAGCCGAGCGGCCAGCGUGUGGUUUCGAUGGCAUGAACGAUUUGGUGGCCAGGCUGCUACUGGACCUGACGGCCUCCAUGCGGUUCGGCGGCGAGUUGAACGUGGAUCUCAACGAGAUCACCACCAACCUCGUCCCCUACCCUCGGCUGCACUAUCUCAUGUCCAGCCUGAGCCUGUCUUCGUCGACCGGUACUUCCCGCAACAAUGCUCAGGAAUGGGAACCGCUGGGCAGUGCUCAAGCCGCAGCCUCUCUCCAUUUGCGUCAAAUCUGCUCGAAAGUCUUCGCCCGGGAGAAUCAGCUCUUGCGUGCCGAUCCACGGCAAGGGUCCGUCCUGGCGUGCGCCCUUCUCUUUCGGGGACAGGAGCUCUCCCUUGCAGACGUGACAGAAAACGUCAAAAAACUGCAGCGGGAAAUGAACAUGGCGUCGUGGAACAAGGACGGAUUUAAAAUCGGCCUCUGUCAAGCUACGGGCUCUUCCUCCUCCCCAACGUCCUCUGGGCCUCCCCCUCCACCUUCCUUGCUUUCUCUGACGAACAACAGCUGCGUGACUAGCACGUUCUUGCGUCUGCUCGGGCGGUUUCAGAAGCUUUACCGACGCCGGGCGAUGGUGCAUCACUACGCCGAAUAUAUGGACGUUACCCUUCUGGAGGAGGCGAGGGAGGACUUGCGCGGGCUGAUCGAGGAGUACCACGGGGUUGGAGCGAGAGGAAAAGCGGUAGGGAGGAGGGUGACAGGCUGUGGGGCGGGCUCGCUUGUUGCUUGA